AAGAAUAGCAGUAUAGCACACAUCUCUUCUCAAAGCCAAAGUUUCUGUCACUCGAGAGAGUUCAGAGUUGGUGUUGCAAAGGUUGAGGCAAACUCUUUAGCAAAAAAUAUAAAUCAAAAGAGACUACAGAUCAGAGGCAAAGUAAUUCGUGUGGCAAAAUGGUGAAGGUUGAGGUCUCUAUCAUUUCAAAAGAAACAAUCAAACCAUCUUCACCAACACUGCAACAUCUGAAACCCUACAAACUCACCCUCUUUGAUCAGGUCACUCCCUUAACUUACUUUCCCAUUGUCUUCUUCUACCCCAUGAGUACUGAUCUUAAUCUCAGCAUUUCCCAAAUCAUUGAGCAGCUUAAAAAUUCCCUUUCAGAUACCCUUAGUAUCUUUUACCCAUUUUCUGGGAGCAUCAAAGACAACCUUUUUGUCCAUAAUUUUGACACGGGUGUUCCCUUCCUGGAAGCUCGUGUUAAUUGUUGCAUGUCUGACUUCCUUAAGCACCAAGACACAGACUUACUGGGUCUAUUUAUUCCACGUCGUGCCUUUUACAAGGAAUCAGAUACUGGUGUAGGUCAUUUAGCUAUACAACUAAACCUCUUUCUUUGCGGUGGAAUAGCAAUUGGGUUGAGUUGCUCACAUAAGCUUGGAGAUGCAGCAACAUUCAGUGCUUUCCUUCAUUCUUGGGCUGCCACCUUUAGUAGGUCUCCUGAAAAAGUUGUACAUCCAAAUUUCUCUGAGGGAUCAUCUAUGUUUCCACCGAGAGAUUCACUUCCACAAAAGUAUUUAGCUACAAUGGAUAGCCUGUGGUUCAAAGAAGGUCAUUUUGUUACGAGAAGGUUUGUGUUCCAUGACAAAGCUAUAGCCACCCUAAGGGCCAAAGCGAAAAGUGAACGAGUUCCUAAACCAACACGCAUUGAGGCACUAACAUGUUUCAUUUGGAAACACUGCAUGGCAGCUUCUUAUAAAGCCAAAUCAUCAGGUUCAAAAACGACACCCAUGAUGGUCCAAGCAGUGAACUUGAGAAUACGAAUGAAGCCACACUUGUCAGAUGCUUCUACUGGAAAUAUAUUUUGGUGGGCACCCGCAGGCGCAGCAGCUGAUUUGGCUAUGGAAGAUCAAAGAGAGUUGCAUGAAUUGGUGGACCAAGUAAACGAAGCCAUAACAGGGUUUGAUGAUAGCGAUUGUGCGGAAAGUUUGCAAGGGGAUGAAGGACUUUUGGCUUUCUCCGAUUACUUUGACCAGUUGGAAGAUAUGUUUUCUGCAGAAAUAAAACCAGAUGUUUGUGCAUUUACAAGUUGGCUUAGAUUUUUUAACGACAUUGAUUUUGGUUGGGGGAAGCCACUUUGGGUUGGUAUCAUGGGAAAAGUUGGCCCUGCAUUUAGGAAUUUAAUAAUAUUCAUUGAAACCCCAGGGGGUAUUGGGAUUGAGGCAUGGGUGACUAUGGAUGAGAAAGAAAUGGCUAUAUUGGAGAAUGACACUGAAUUUCUCCAAUUUACUUCUCUUAAUCCUAGCAUUUCAAUCUCUCUUUAAAAUCUUUGGAUGUGUUUUGUUAGAUAUCAUAUUCAAAUAUACUGUAAUAGAAAUGGUCGCUGCAGGUACGUACGUUGUAAGUUUGUGUGUGCCAGUCAAUGAAUAAUAAAUUGGUCUGUCAAUGUCUUUGUCUUGAUAGACUACGUGUAAGGCAUAGUGCUGUUGCAUUAUGUAAGUUUAAGGAAUGCUCACAUGGUUGAAAUUCCUUUUUUUUUCCCUGAAUGAAAUGUAAUGAAGUUCUUAA